AUGAAUCCAGUACAUGACAUGAACCUAUACACACAACAGUCGUCAUAUGCACCAAGCGCGUUCAUGCACCGCGACACCGGAUAUGACGCCAUGGACGAUACUCUCGAUGACUCUUCUUUAAAUGAUGUACAUGUCGAAACAGCAUCUAGCGUGACGGCCUCUACGGACUUUUCGGCUCAAAUGGCUGGUGACAUGUCCUAUACCAAGGGUGAAAAAUUCCGCUUCAAUGUUUCACUACGAGCACCGACCGCCAUGGUAAAGAACCUGAGCGAAAUUCCCGUGACCUAUCUCAAUAAGGGCCAAGCAUACAAUCUCUCAGUUAUCGACACGAACCCACCAAUGGUCAACCACGAACCGAUCCGCUAUAGAACAUUCGUCCGCGUUUCCUUCGAAGAGCGAGAGCAACGAGCGAAGCCGUCAACAUGCUGGCAACUAUGGAAGGAAGGCCGUGGUACCACGGAAGCCCAUCAACGGGGAGGAAAAUUACUAGCCGUUGAAUAUGUGGAUCCAUUACAAGGUGGCAGUGAUGCACACAGAAAUCGACAGGUGCAAGUGGAGAGUAUGUCAGUCGACGGUUUCUGCGUCACUUGGACUGCCAACCCAACGACCGGCGCAUCGGAUUGCAACAUUCCCGUGCGGUUCAAUUUCCUUUCCACAGAUUUCAGCCAUUCAAAAGGUGUGAAGGGAAUCCCUGUCAGACUGUGCGCCAAAACCGAGCUUUUGUCACCGGGCGAGGAGUCAGGUGUAUCGCGCGAUAUGGAACUGUCCUACUGCAAAGUAAAGCUUUUCCGGGAUCACGGUGCUGAGCGGAAGCUGUCCAACGACAUCGCGCAUGUCAAGAAGAGUAUUGAUAAGCUUAAGCAGCAAGUGUCCCAGGCAGAAAUGGGUGGUGGCUUCGCGAAGCGCAAGCGGGGAAACAACGCUUCUGCUACCGCAAAGGGAUCUGACAACCCUAUGAAGCCUUCGGCCCACAAGCGAACUUGGUCGAUAGGCUCGGACGAUAUUCCUCCAGAGAAAGUCUCCUUGGAGGAUGAUCUUCAAGCCAAGUUGUCUAUGAUGCAAGAGAUGUUCUCAUCUACCCGCUCAGUGAGCGUUUUCGGCUUACGCGGUGAAAAAUUCGAUGAUCCCGACCUAUAUCCUAUUCAGCUACCAGGAGAGGGCGAUUCCCCUCACUAUACGAAUAUCAGUCGUUCAAGCACACGUGAAUUGGAGUCAAUAAUGCCUUCACCGCCCAACACCAAUACCUCUUCUUCGAAUUCGCCGCCUACCCAAGCACUCAGAUUAGCAAAGUGCCCAACCACUAUCCAGAGGAUUCCUUCUGCCAACCAAGUCUCAAGGGGUUUCAUAGAGGCUGUGGGUAUAGACUUGACCUACCGACCUCCGGCGGAACGCCCUCCCAAACCAGUUGCAUGCUUUUAUGUUCGAUUCACUGGAAAUGAGAACCGCUCGGAGGAUUACUACCGUGCAAUCUAUCUGACGGAACGUACCGUUCAAGACCUCGUGAGACAAAUCACCGAAAAAUAUCACAUCGAUCCCAUGCGAAUCUCAAAUAUCAUGCAUGCCCAUGAUAAAGGCAUGCGAGUCAUAGUUGAUGACGAUGUGGUCCGCCAGCUUCCAGAGGGUCAAGACAUGAUCGUCGAUAUCUCCGAAGCACCAGGUCCCAAUGGCAGUGCUUCCAGCACACCCGGAUCCCCCAUGGAGAUCCAAUUAACUUAUUAA